CGGCCCUGAGAUGAGUGUCCUGACAGAGCAGGCGCACCAUGAAUAGAUACACAACGAUCAAGCAGCUUGGGGAUGGGACCUACGGUUCUGUCCUGCUGGGAAGAAGCAUUGAGUCUGGAGAACUGAUCGCCAUUAAAAAAAUGAAAAGAAAGUUUUACUCCUGGGAAGAAUGCAUGAACCUUCGGGAAGUUAAGUCUUUAAAGAAGCUCAAUCACGCCAACAUUGUAAAGCUGAAAGAAGUCAUCAGGGAAAACGAUCAUCUCUAUUUCAUCUUUGAGUACAUGAAGGAAAACCUUUACCAGCUCAUUAAAGAACGAAAUAAGUUGUUUCCAGAGUCUGCUAUACGGAAUAUAAUGUAUCAGAUAUUGCAAGGACUGGCAUUCAUUCAUAAACACGGCUUCUUCCACCGGGACCUAAAGCCUGAGAACCUCCUCUGCAUGGGACCAGAACUUGUGAAAAUUGCAGACUUUGGAUUGGCCCGAGAAAUCCGAUCAAGACCGCCAUACACAGACUAUGUGUCUACUAGAUGGUAUAGGGCUCCAGAAGUACUCCUGAGGUCUACCAACUACAGCUCCCCCAUUGAUGUGUGGGCAGUGGGCUGCAUCAUGGCAGAGGUGUACACCCUCCGGCCUCUUUUCCCUGGGGCCAGUGAAAUUGACACGAUUUUCAAAAUUUGCCAAGUGUUGGGAACACCGAAGAAGACUGACUGGCCUGAAGGCUACCAGCUAUCAAGUGCUAUGAAUUUCCUCUGGCCCCAGUGCAUACCCAAUAACUUAAAGACUCUGAUUCCAAAUGCUAGCAGUGAAGCCAUUCAGCUCCUGAGAGACCUGCUGCAGUGGGAUCCCAAGAAGCGACCGACUGCUAGUCAGGCACUUCGGUAUCCUUACUUCCAGAUUGGACACCCACUGGGCAGCAUCACACGGGAUUCAGGAAAACCACAGAAAGAUGUCCAAGACAAGACAGCCCCACCUCCUCACAUCAAGCCAGCCCCUCCUGCCCAGCCCCCACCCAAGGCACAUACACUGACUUCUUCGCGACCAAACCAAACCAGUCAGCCCCCUCAGCAUUUUGUGUACCCCUACAAAGGUGAAGCUUCCAGGGCAGAUGAGAUCAGCCAUCUUCAGGAGGGCAAGCCACGCCCAGCAUUCUUCCCGGCCCUCCACAACAAGACUCUUCAGCCAAAAACUCUAGCUGGCCUGGAACACAAGAAUGGCGAGCUCAAGCCAAAGAGCAGGAGACGAUGGGGUCUCAUUUCCAGGUCCACAAAGGGCUCCGACGAAUGGGCCGACUUAGAUGACUUAGAUUUCAGUCCCUCUCUCACCAGGAUAGAUGUGAAAAACAAGAAGAGACAGAGCGAUGACACUCUCGGCAGGUUUGAAAGCGUUUUGGACCUGAAGCCAUCAGAGCCGGUGGGCACAGGAACCAGUGUCUCAACCCAGGCUUCCUCCCAGAGGAGAGACACACCAACCCAGCGAUCUUCUGCGAAGCAGCACUACUUGAAGCACUCUCGCUACUUGCCUGGAAUAAAUAUAAGAAAUGGUGUGCUUCCAAAUCCAGGCAAGGACUUUCCUCCAUCAAACCCAUUGUCCAGUUCUGGUUUGUCUGGAAAAUCUUCAGGAACAGUUUCAGUAGUGAGCAAAAUAACUUCAGUUGGCUCAGGCUCCAGGAGUUCCAGCGGACUGACUGGAGGUUACAUCCCUUCCUUCCUGAAAAAAGAAAUCGGUUCUGUUAUGCAGAGGGUACACCUGGCGCCCCUGGCCGACCCCUCCCCUGGCUAUUCUUCCCUGAAGGCCAUGAGACCUCACCCGGGGCGGCCUUUUUUUCACACCCAGCCUAGGAGCACUCCUGGGUUGAUUCCGCGACCUCCAGCCGCCCAGCCUGUGCACGGCAGGAUAGACUGGUCUUCCAAGUACCCAUCCCGUCGGUGACUGUCUCAGCCGGGAGGCCAUUCUCCCUCAGCUCCCAUGGUACCUGCAGAAUCGGAACCGCGUGGUGGUGUAGAUGCACUCACGCUCACAGUUGUUCUGAACUAACACAUUUCAAUAUUUCUUUUAAAUGUUUUUUUAAAAUAUUGAUUUGAAUGCAAUACCCUCUUUUUGUAUAAAAUUAUUUUAUUCUAAAACUGGGUCUCAUUAUUUUCUUAAACAACAUUUUGUAUAUAUGGAUUAUGUUUUAGCAUUUUAUACAGUCAACUUUGUAAUGGACUUUUUAAAGAUUAAGUAAUUUUUGUUUGUUGUUCCACAUGAUAUUUUAUACAGAUUUUGAAAUAUAUGAUACUGAUGCAGUAUUGUGACAAGGUGCAGUUUAAUGCUGUGCGAUAAGGGAUUAUUUACUCAAAAUAUUCCAAUAUUGUGAAGUGGCUACAUUUAAAUGUGGCUCAUUUGACCCUUUAGGCUUUCUUGGACUGAUUUUAGGAAAGUGGCCCAUCUCCUGUUUUUCUUAACAGCACUUAUUGGUUGUUCUGGGGCAGAAAUUGUUUUGUUGUUAUUGUUAUUGUUAUUGUUUUGAGACAUGGUCUUAUGUAACCCAGGCUUACCGACCACUCACUGAGUAGCUGAGGAUCGAAUGAGCUUCUGAUCUUGCUGCCUCUAGCUUCCUGAGUGCUGCCGUGCUUGGUUUUUACCCGGGACUUUGUACAUGCCUAACAGCCCCAAUCAACCAUCUUUAUACUCUUCUACUCUAAGCUGUCACAGAACAGAGAAUCUUUUGAAAUUUUAUAGCACUCAUAAAUACGGUUGCAAAUAUUCAGAUAUAAACUAUCACAUUUCUGCUUUUUUUUUUUUUUUUUUUUUUUUUUGGACUAACAAGGUUGCUCUCCAUUGGUUAAAAUCUCCCACUGGCCUCCAGUUUCACACAAUGCACACCUGGGAUGAGGGUGAAGGGAGGGGUUGGGGUUGGGCAGGGACAGCCAGCGAGGGAGAUGGCAGGAACUGUGGUCACCAGGCAUUGUUCAGGUGAGCUUGCCUUGCUCCAUGGGGCCUACCAGCCAGGAUUUACCUAACUUCCCUCAGCACUGCCAGCAAGCCUUCAAACUCACAACUCACCCACAGCAGACUAAAGAUGCAGGAAACAUCACUUUAGCUAAAAGUCAGCUGAGCCACGGAGGCCGGGCGGGGAGGUUACAGCCCAUUGCAGGUGUCUACACCUACCUCCCUAGAGCCAGAGAGGAGGCUCCCUCCCACCCCUGUGGUCCAUACUUUUUUCCAUUUUUAAAAACUCUGGGUUGAGAGAUGACUCAGCCACUCCAGUUCCAAGAGAUCCGAUGCCCUCUUCUGGCCUCUGCCGGCACUAGCAUGAGUGUAAAUACCCACCCACUAACACAAACACACAUACAAUCUUUAUAAAAUCUUGUUAAAAUCCCUUAAAAGGGAAGCUUUUUUAUGUCAAAGGUACCUUUUUAUUAUAAUUUUUCAUUGUUUUAUUGUAAAAAUUUCCUAACAUAUGUCAAUACAAUCAAUUAAACUUUUAUCCCUGCCAAGAUGAAUGACCAAAAGAGCCAAGUGUCUUCUAUAUAGCCCUGGCUGUCCUGGAACUCACUCUGUAGACCAGGCUGGCCUCAAACUCACAGAAAUCUACCUGCCUCUGCCUCCUGAGUGCUGGGAUUGAAGGCGUGCGCCAACAUGCCAUUUCAUUUUUUAACUGAGAACAAAUGUUGCGUUCAGCUCUCUGCACCUGACGAGAGGCAGCUCCUAAACUGUCCAAUCAACUUCUCAGGACAAUUUUAGGAGUGGGAAAGACUUGGGGGAGAAUUUCAACGUACCUGAGAAGUCAAUUUUGCGACAAUGUCAUGUCCAGACUGUGCUACAUCUCAGCCCCUACCUUGCAUGGUCUUUUUCAAGGGUGAGGCCUCUGUUGGACAGGCUAUUCCAUUGAGAGGAAUGUUUACAGCAAUUCUGCAAGUGACAAAGCUAGUUUGGAGACAGAACGAUGUGGAGGAUCCCUGUCCUUCUAUUUCUGUAUUGCACAUCUGCCUCCACUCGUGGUUACCUUACAAAAGGAAGAGUGCAAUAGCAAUCCCCAAUGGUGUAUUAAUUCAUGUUCUCCCAGGGCCCAAAUGACUCUUUUGAUUACAGUUUCCAAAAUACAGCAAAUAAACCAUAUGAAAUGAUCAUUACUAGAGGUUGAAAUGGUAGGGUAAGGUUAAUGCAGACAUUCGGUAUGGUCCAACCUAAUAAAUGGGUUAAUGAUAGCUUCAAUGUAUUAGUAAUGACUUCCAAUGGGCUCUGUCUGCCCUAAAAUCAGAAAGUAAUUGAUGCUUUGGAGAAUCUGACUCAAAAAUACACUUGACCAAGCACUUUGACCGUGAGGGGCAUAAAAAAGGCGCAUAGUGGGCAUGGGUUUGAUAGGGAUGUUUUUCCCUGUCAACAAGCUAGCAGCAAGGCUUCAGAAAAUGUAGAAGCAAGCACAACUUGAAACCAUUCGUUUCUGUAUUAUAGUCAAAACCAACAAACUGUGGGUUCAGGCAUGAGUCCUUUACUGUGAGGUUAAUAUUUAUUUUCUCUUUUCUAUAUUAUGUAUAAAAAGAUAAUCUCAAAUCCUGCUCAGCUAGCUAGAAAGUUGGCUCUAAAUUGUAGAUACCACUUAGAUAUACAAAUAAAUCAUUAACACCACAUUCUCUGUAAUCUAGCUAGUGUUAACUAAGGUUAUUACAUUCUUUUUUUAAUUUACAAAAUCCUAGCUACCUGGUUAUGGAACGUUAAAAUUGUUUUCCUAAUGCUUUGUGGCCCUGCCUUCGCUCUCCUUCCUUUACUAGCAAAAGUGUCCCUUGAGGAGUUAAACAUACUCGUUUACAUGAAAGAAACAGCUAGUAGCUAAGAAAAUUAGAUGAUGAAAAACCAAGUUCUAAAGAACUAGCAGAACACCUCAGAAGUCCUUCUCCCUCAUCAAAAUGGGUAAAGGGGAAAUUAUAUACAAGCUAUGUACUAUAGAAGGAAGCAGACCUCUUUAAACAGGGAUAGUCGAGUUUGCCUGCUGCAUGUAUUUUUAGCUAUUGUGGAAUUAUGCAAUGUUAAGCGAACACUGACAGGAGUGAGGAGUUAGGCUGCACCUAGCCAUGACUAGAUCUCACUUACAAUCACACGGCUUUUGUGGGUGCAGGAGAGUGGCUCAGAGGUGGAGCACCCACUGCUCUUCCAGAGAACCCAGGUUAGAUUUCCCAGUACAAACAAGGUGGCUCACCACCAUCUAUGACUAGUUCCAAGGCAUCCACCCUCUUUUGGCCUCAGGGCAUCAGGUCAGACAUGCACAUGUGCACAGUUAUGAAUGCAGAGAAAACACCCAGAGAUAAAAUUUAAAUUACACUGCAUUAAAUCAAAUGCUUUUUAAAUAAAAGAGAUUUAUUAUUUAAACAAAACAAAACCAGCUUUCUGGCAAGUCAGGAAAUGGUACCGAGUAGCUCAUUUGGGGCCAGUUUUGGUGCUAAGGUGCCAGGGUUUGCCUCACAGAGACAAGGGAAACUGCAUUUGCAUAAAAACCACUGUUAAUCAUGUUUUCUCUACUAUAAGUCCCAUGAGUGUAGAAAACUGAUCCUAAAACAAUGUUUCAGACAUAGUGCUUGCCUAAGGAUCAUAUACAUCUAAGAGUGUCACUGUCACAUUCUAGAAAUAUCAAGACCUGAAUAUAUGAAGCCAAAGCGUGUCAAAGAAAGACUUUCACUUUCAAUUCCAGUGUAAGUACUGUUGGAGUUAAUGGCACCAUAUUGUCCUAUGAAGUCCCAUUUCCAUAACAUUGAGCCAUUGCUUUGUGCCAUUGGGGUAUGGGUGUGUGUGUGUGUGGGGGGGGUGACACAGAUUCUUUCAACUGUAUGACCAGAAGCAAUAUGUUUAUAAGAAAACAUUUGACAUGUUCAUUGUUUUACAUUUUAGGCAUACUGUAGUGAUGUGUUUGUUUAAUAUAUGUGGGUAGGUAUUUUUUAGAAUUGUUCUUACAAUUUCCAACCAAAUGUACUGUAUGUUUGUAUUAAUUUAUUGGGAUGACCGGCUCAUGUAAAUUAUCAAGACAAAAUAGGGGCAUGUGUCAUCUUAAUCGGUAUUGGUUUUUCCUUGAACACUGAUAAUGUGACCUGAACACCUCCUGAAUGAAGCCUCUGAUCCCCCACAUUCUCAGUACCGAACGGGGUUUAGCUCCAUUGAUUUAACUAUAAAGUGAUCUUCCCUUAACUAGAAGGCAAAGCACAGGAAAUAAAGAGAGACCCUUAUGAAACAAAAUGUUACUUUUUGAGUGGUUUUAUCCGAAGUUGUUUGAUGGUGUUAACAUUAUAUAUGGAAACUUCU